CUGGAGAAGAGCAAAUGUCAGCUGCAAGAAGAGGUGACAAAACACCACCAUCAUUUGGAGACUUUGGUGCUGGAUGGCAGCCAAAGAGAACAGUGUACAGGAGAGGUGGCAGAAGGAGCUGACCAGGAAAGAAGUCCAAAGCUACAAGAGGUCAGCCUCGUUUUGCAAGCACAGGCAGCCCACCAGGCCCCACUAGGACAAACCAGAGACCAUCAUUGUGAUUCCGUGAGAAUCCAGUUGGAAGAAAGGAUUAGAAAUCUGGAAAGUGAAUUGGAGAGGAUCAAAACCACCCAAGAAGAGAGUGCUUCUCGUAAAGAAGCAACACAGGGAGAGAUGGGGAUGUACAAAGAGCUGUAUCUGGAGGAAGUUAAAACCAGAAGAUGCCUUGCCAAGAAACUGGAAAGGCUGGAAAAGCUUCUGAGGAUAGAGAGGAGGAAACUCCUGGUUAAUGAAGAGAAAGGAAGUCAGUCCCAGCUGGAAGAAAUGAAGAAGAGAUAUUCUGAAAAGGUCAAGGAAGUUGAUAGAUUCCAAAGAGAGGUUGCUGAACUUUCCCAGCAGUUGGACAGGGAACGUGAACAGUGCACGCAGCUGGAGGCCAAAAAUCAGGCUUUGCAAGAAGAGCUGUCUGCCCUGCGUGGGAAGUGCGAGAACCUGGCCAUGGACAAAUGCCAGCUGCAAGAAGAGCUGGCAAAACUCCACCAUCAUUUGGAGACCAACGUGGUGGAUCGCAGCCAACUCGAACAGUGUAAAAGAGAGGUGGAAGAACAAGCAGACCAGGAAAUAAGACAAAAACUCCAAGAAGUCAAUGAGUUUUUGCAAGCACAGGCAGCCCACCAGGACACCUUAGAAGAAAUCAGAAGCAGUCAUGUGGACUCACUGAAAAAACAGUUAGAAGACAGAAUUAGAGAUCUGGAACGUGCACUGGGAAGGACAAAAAGCAACCAAGCAGAAAGACCUUUUCAAAAGGAAUCCACCCAGGCAGAAGUGGACAAGUACAAAGAGCUGUAUCUGGUGGAAGCCCAAAGAAGAAAAAGCCUCGCCAAGAGACUGGAAAGAGCUACUGAGAGACUUGCAGAGGCCAACACCAAGCUUUUUGGAGCGCCACAGAAGCAGAUCUGUGGUCACAAGCAGCGCUGUCAGCGGACUUCUGGCUGCAAGUCCACUUCUGGAUUCACCUGGCCUGGGACAUCUUGGCCUCAGUUUGGGACUGAGCAGAAGUCUGGCUCUCAGAACACCACCCAGACACCUGUGGUAAAGCCCAAGACUUCUGCUCAUCAGGACAUCCUGUGAGGGACCGUUCAGAUGGAUGGAACGAAUUGCUUCCUUUCCUUAAUUUCGACACCCACGGCCUAGUAGCCAGUUUCCUUGAUGGUGGCCUUCAAGGUUUGGUAGCAAAGACUCCAAGAUCAGCUCUAACCCAUCCCUACAUUGCUCAGUGACAAUGAUCCUAGUGGUGAAGGCAGCGAAACUGCUACUUAAAAUUGGAGAGGUGGUGCUGCAUUGGUCCCCUUGUUGUACGAAAGGAAUCGCUGGAGCUUUGGGGACAAGAAGUGCCAACGGCCACGACAACUGUACACAGGCAACAGUAUCGGAGGAACCGAGAUGCUGUGACCCCCAUCCAUACAUCCAGUACAUCCAUGACAUCAUUGUGGGGGGGACACAGCAGAAGAAGUUUUCGAGAAAGGACAGAAGAUCAUCCAGAUUCUCCUCGAGGCUGGUUUUGCCAUCAAGAAGAGUAAGGUCAAGGGCCCUGCCCAAGAGAUCCAGUUCCUAGGGCUGAAAUGGCAAAUGGACGACACCAGAUACCAACAGACGUCCUCCACAAGAUUGUAGCAAUGGCUCCACCCACAAACAAGAAAGAAACCCAAGCUUUUCUUGGAGCCAUUGGCUUCUGGAGGAUGCACAUCCCAGAGUACAGCCAGAUGCUGGAGAUAAAGGUCCCUCCUGGAGCCUCUGGCCAAAGGUGCCUGGUGAGACGUGAGGGCGACCACUGGGUUUCUGGAGCCGAAGCUACAGAGGUUCUGAGGCCAAUUCCACCCCUGUGGAGAAGGAAAUCUUAGCAGCCUAUGAAGGCAUACGAGCAGCUGCAGAGCUUUCAGAUUCAGCAAUGUCCUCACUCCCAACAGACCAGGGUCCCCUUUCCAGAGUAAUGGAGGAGCACCGGGAUUUUUUAAUCCAAAAUUCCCGGAUUGGAAUGAAAUGCUCUGGAAAGGCUCUGGAAAUCAUUGGGUGUUCACAAUCAUCAAUGAAGAUGUUCACCAGGAAUUGCUGAUCACUGGCCUCCAGCUGGAUGUUGCACUCCUGAUCACCACCCCAGCCGGGAGAUUUCAACCAGCCUGCUGUCUGCUCAUCCAGCCCAUACUUCAUGGGCUUCUCUGUGAGGGAGCCCUGUCUGUGUCCACUAGUACACACAUUCAUUUGGAUUUUAAACAAUCAAACAGAAGUGAUUGUUUUAACAGCAGAAUUAUUUUUCAAAGGGAAAUAGAAGGGCACUCUUGGCAGGAACCCAAAAUGAUCUGCGGGAGGUGAGUGGGCCGGGGGGACUGGAGGGCAUCCAGUCUGGGAACUGGGGGACACUUUGGUCCCCCCAUCCCUCGCUGGCACCGGGGACAUCCCAGUGACCAGCCAGGGCUCCUGGGCUCUCUCCAGCUGCAUUUAGUGGACGUUGGGAUCCUGAAGAUGGCUCAGGCUCCCAAUACAUCCCACUGCACCCAGGGUGUCCCUAACCCUGCCUUUGUCCCCAGCCCCCUGUGGUUGAGAAGGUGGUGGGUCCUGUUGGUGAGAAAGGCGUGGCUGCAUCCCUGGAUGGCUGAGGCCUGGUGGUGACACCCGUGCCCUGUCCCCCUCCAGUGGCAUGAGGAGAUGAUCAUCCCUGGAAGAACCCCCUGAUUUCCCUCAGAGCCCAGGGGCAUUUCCCCAGAAUGAUCAAUAAAUCCCUUCAGCAAAGCUA